UUGUCGCGGUAUCGCUGCGAAGUCAAGCGCACGAUAACCCCGGCCGCCGAUACGGGAGAGCCCAGACAGUCAACGAGGCGUCCGAAGCGCGAGCUCAAUUUGUCUUCGGCCCUUUGCUAGCUUGGACGCUGCCAAGAGAUGAAAUUCAAGUACGGAUGCAUCGCUGUGCUAGUCGUCGUCGUGGUCUGUGAAUUCGGAGUGCCCGUGGAUGCGGAGGGGUGCGCGCUCAAGUACAAGAAACACGUUGAGGACAAGCCGAACUUCCUUGUGAUAACGAAAAACCAGCCGGGACUGUGCCGGAUCAACUCGCACGAGGACAACUCGACGCUGAACUACCACUCGGACCACAAGUACGCGGACGACAUAAGGCCCGAGACGGUGCUCGGGGGCCUUAGCCUCGACCACGGGGCCAAGACCAUCAUCUACUGGGCGAAGGUGGCCAACGUCGACCACUCGCGCUUCUACCGCGUCGAGCUCAACGACAGCCACUGGGAGCGCGUCCUCGAGCAGGACGACGACUUCCGGGACGUGGCUUUCGACUGGAUCUCCAAGAACCUGUACGUUAUAAUGGGCAGCUCGCGCAACCUCAUGGUGGCGGUGAACGCCGGGAGGCCCUGGUACCCCGCGGUCAUCCUCACCGAGCGCUCCCGGCUGACCAGCCACGCCGUCCACCCGAACCGGGGUUACCUAUUCUUCGCGGAGACGAGCUUUUGGUACGGCGCGCGCAGCAGGAUAUACCGAGCCCACCUCGACGGCACCAACAUCCGGGAGUUGAACCGCGCGAGCUCCGAGUCGCGCUACUACAUAGCCAGUCUCCUGGUCGACGUGUACGCGGACCGGCUCUACUGGUGCGUGCCCGGCCUCGAGAAGAUCCAGCACUCGGGCCUCGACGGCUCGGAGGUGCGGAGCAUCGGGGCGAUCAAGAUCUACCCGGGCCAGUUGGAUCCAGCGGCGCGCGCCUUGGCCGUCGACGAGGACCACGUGUACUACAGGGCCAUCGACGCUAACGCGAUCAGGCGCGUGAAAAAGGCCACGGGGGCCAAGGACCCGAGCUUCGAGCUGGUGAACGACAACGAGGCGGCGCCCAUCACCGAGAUCCUCGCUUACACCCAGGUGGCGCAAAAAACCAGGAACGACCACCCGUGCAGGGACGACGAGCGGGGCGGCUGCGACAAGUACUGCUUCGCCGUGCCGACGGAGAACGGCACGGGGCUCCGGCGCGUGUGCAAGUGCAGCUUCAGCGAGGUCCUUACUGCCGACGGGGUGUCGUGCGUGAAGAAGGGACUCUGAUCACUGAAGCUCGUUUUUUUUUUUUUUUUUUUUUCAGUAGAUCCUUGGGAGGAAAAAUUUUGUUGAGUGUGUUAAAUGUGUGAAGAGAUGUCACGUGUGUGCAUCAUUUCUAUACACACUUGGAUUUACAGUGUGUGAGCAUUCGAAUAUGGUUCAUCGACGGAAGAACCGAUCGAGUGCGCGCUUUUUUUUGUGAACUUGAGAAUGUAGUGUUGUAGAAAAAAAUAGAUGAAUAUAUAUAUUCACAAACAAAGUUGUUGCAAGAAUCGAUCGAUGUUACGUUUAAUGUGGUAUACGUAGAAUAACUUAAUAAUUCAACGCACUAGGUUUUAUUUGUUUGUGCGUUGAUCCGAGACAUUGUAAUAUAAACUGCCAUCCAUUGAUUGUAAUAUAUUACCGUGAUAUAAAUCACGAAUAGUUUAUAAAUAUUUCGUAAAAAACGUAUUAUGUAUACUUGUCGAUCACGCUCCAAUGGAACACCAUCAAAAAAAAAAAAAAAAAAAAAAA